UUUAUUGCUCAUUAGUAAGACAUUUAUUAUGCAGUCCAGAAGUGUAAAAACAAGAAAGUGAAUAUCAUCUAGAAAGCAUAGGAAUUAAACUAAAGUUAACCCAUCAAAUUAUAAUAUUAUAGGACCGAUUUAAAAAAGUCAUCUGGCUUUUAAUUUAACCAUGGAGAAAACAAUACUAUGUAUAUUGGCCACAACGGUUGCCGUUUUAGCAAGUCCAUUAAUGACACGCCAAGAACUACUCAAUCAGCAGCAACAUAAAGCCAAAUUCUGCUCCAACCUGUUACACUUCAACAAAUUCUACUACUCAGCAGGAGAAACAAAAGCAAUCGAUGGCUUCCCAGCAGACAUGAGCGUUCAUUGGAAGACAGGGAACGUCUUCUAUACUUUAAUAAACAACGAAAUGAAAAUGAAUCUACAAAUACUGCAUCCGAGUGGUGAAGCCGAGACAAUAAAAGUGGCCGGGUUAGGUCAAUCGACGACGGUUGAUAACCUAAACGAUAUCGUGUACCUAGCGACUGAUAAUGGAGUAUACAAAUACAAAGAAGAUGGCGCUAUAGAACUAUAUACAGCUUUGGGUGAAGACGUAAUGUAUGUGACGAUUUCGAACGAUGGGUCUGUGAUGUAUAUAGCAACAUGGCCUCAGAAUAGAGUUCAAAAAAUAACGAAUGACGGUCAGAAACAAGAGACUUUUUCCGCGAUACCAAAUGGACACGAUUUGACAAUCGAUCCCAGAAAUAACAUAUUCUUCAUAGCAACAAAAACGUCUUAUGUACUGAAAUAUGGGCAAACUAUACCAAUCAAAAUUAAAGAAUUGCCAAGUGAAAGAAUGACUGGCGUAUUCAUAUCGCGCUCAGAUGAAGUUUUUGCAAUGGACGAAGACAGUAAUCUAUAUACGAUCGAUGCUGAAAACGCCAGUGCGAAACGUUUAGGUUCUUUCAACGUGUCCGGUGUCAACACAUUCGCUUUGGAUUCCGCCGACAACGUACUCAUUGGUGUGAACAGGAGUAUCCUCAGAUUCAACGCGUACGAACACGAUCCUUGCGGCGAUUUAGAAACGACAAGCAAAGUUGGUAAAAGACACAAUCGACGACGCAAGCACACCACAACUUCUACUACAGACGCAAACGAAGAUUAUGAAGAUAGAAAGAAAUAACUUAUUAAUUUAUUGUAAAUACGAACUAAUAAAUGUCUAACACAAGCAAAA